CUGACAACAUUGUUUUCAUCAUGGCGGCAUCCAACAGAGCGCAGGUGCUGUCACUUUACAGACUGUUGCUCAAGGAGAGCAAUAAAUUCCCCUCUUACAACUACAGGACAUAUGCGCUGCGGAGGGUACAAGAUGCAUUCAGAGAGAACAAGACAUUGGAGGAUCCGAAAGUGUUGGAGGAGCUUUUGAACAGGGCCCGGGACAGUUUGGCCCUCAUCCAAAGACAGGUGUCCAUAGGCAAGAUGUAUGAGGUCCAGAAGACCGUCAUUGAACAUGGAGAAAAGUAGCCAAUUUGAUUUGGUCUGGAAAUCAAGACUGUUAUAGAGGACUGAUCUUUGAUGUUGGAGUUGAGACUGUGGCUUGUUCUCCGUGUUUCAGGAUGGAAGCUGCAGGAUUAUGGUGUUUUCAUUGUGGUCGUCAUGACUUCAGCAUCAGAAUGAAUUGCACCGUUUAUACAUCUUAAAGGGAUAGUUCUCCCCAAAAUAUAAAUUCUGUCAUUGUUACACACCGACUUUUCAAACUUGACUUUCUUUAUUCUGCAAAACACAAAAGAAGAUGUAUUUUGGAGAAUGUUGGUAACCGAACAAUGGUGGUACCCAUUCCCUUCUAUUGUAUGGACACAAAAGCAAUGCAAUUCAAUGGGAUUCACAAUGGUUUAGUUACCUACAUUCCUCAAAAUAUGACAGGAGGAUUAAUAAUUACAAUAAUUACAGAAUUUUCAUUUUUGAGUGAACUAUCCCUAUUAUCUCACAUGAUACAAAAAUUGUAUAUACUGUAUGUAUUAUUAUUUUUGCUUUGUAUUUAAUGCAUUGCAUUGCAUUGCAAUAAAUGUUUGUCGAUUAUGUUACUUA